AUGGCGCAGCUCUGGCCGAAGGAGCGGCUGGCCCUGAGCGCAGCAGAAUGUGCCCAGAUGCCGGCGAUUGUGAUUCACGACCACGACCCCGACGUGCAGCGCGCUGACCCCUCGGAUCUUCGCCUGCAGAGCCGGGGUGUUAAGCGCCCCGCGCCCGUCGCCGCGGACCCGCUGCCUGAGGAGUCGGCCGCAGCCAACGGCCCAAACAAGGAAACGAAGGCAACCGGCUUCCAAGCCAAGGCCGUGGCGCGUCUUGUGGAGGCGCUGAAAGAGGGCGGAGAGCCAGGAGGCCCAGGAGCCGAGGGCGCCGAGGGCGCCGAGGGCGCCGAGGGCUCCGAGUUCACGGAGAGCACCCGACGCUUGGCCGAGGCACUGGCGGCAGCCUUUGUGCAGAUUUGGGGCCUUUUGCCGGAGUCUGCGCAGCGGCUGCGGGCUCUCAUGGCCGCCCUGCGCUCCAACGCUGGCUUUCGCGUGCUGGUGCGGCAGCGAGCCGCCGUCCUUGGCCCAGAGAAGCUCGCGAUGGCGCUGGCCCGAGAGGACCCGCGGAGUUGGGCCGACGAUCAGCUGAAGGCAAAGCGCGCCGAGUGGCAGCGCGAGAGCCUCGCCGAGGCGGCACCGCAGCAGGGGGGUGUGGAGCGCCCAUGCCCAGAGUGUGGGGGCCGAGCCCUCUACGAAACAGGGGCCAGCCAGAAUUUUAAGAUAUCGAAGUCCUUCUCGCACUACCGCUGCAUUGAGCUGAACUGCGGCAAGGAGACGCACCUCACCGAAUGA